AUGAAGCUCUCAACCUCUCUCCUCGCUUCCACCCUCCUCGCCCCGGCGACGGCCCAGCUCCACGACCUCGCCAAGCAGGCCGGGCUCCGCUACUUCGGCGCCGCCACCGACACCCCGGGUCAGCGCGAGCGGGCGCCCUACCCGGAGUCGUACGAGCAGUACGACGCCAUCCUCAACGACGCGUCCGAGUUCGGCCAGACGACGCCGACCAACGGGCAGAAGUGGCUGUUCGCGGAGCCGCAGCCGCGCCUCUUCAACUUCACCGAGGGCGACUACGUGGCCGACCUCGCCGAGCGCGGCGGCAAGCUCCUGCGCUGCCACGCCCUCGUCUGGCACAGCCAGCUGGCACCCUGGGUCGAGGAGACCGAGUGGACGCCCGAGGAGCUGCGCGGCGUCAUCGUCCGCCACAUCCACGGCGUGGCCGGCUACUACAAGGGCCGGUGCCACGCCUGGGACGUGGUCAACGAGGCGCUCGAGGAGGACGGCACCUACCGCAAGAGCGUCUUCUACAACGUGCUCGGCGAGGAGUACAUCAAGCUCGCCUUCCAGACCGCCGCCGAGGUCGACCCGGACGCCAAGCUGUACUACAACGACUACGGCAUCGAGCGGCCGGACUCGGUCAAGACGGCCGGAGCAGUGCGCCUCGUGCAGAUGCUCAAGGAUGCCGGCGUGCGCAUCGACGGCGUGGGCAUGCAGGCGCAUCUGCACGCCGACAACCACCCGACGGCGGAGGACCUGAUCGCGACGAGCGAGGGGUACGCGGCGCUCGUCGACGAGGUCGCCUUCACCGAGCUGGACGUGCGCAUCAAGAUGCCCGCCAACGACACCAAGCUCGAGUGGCAGAAGGAGUGCUACCAAAAGGUGGUGACCGCCUGCGUCAAGGUCAAGGCCUGCGUCGGCAUCACCCUGUGGGACUUCUACGACCCCUUCAGCUGGGUGCCCGACGUCUUCCCCGGCAACGGCGCGUCGCUCGUCUGGUUCGAGGACUUCACCAAGCACCCGGCCUACGACGGCAUGGUCGAGACCUUCAAGCAGUUGAUCGGCGACAAGCCCGGGCCGGGCUGCAAGCGCAGGAGAAGGGGCGUGCCGGCGAGUGCUUAA